UCAACAUUGUGUACGCUAAUUCGGAAUGUUAUGAUCAGUGUUACAGCAUAUUGAGUACUCGCUAUCAUCCGACCUCCUCGUCCACGUGUCAUUCGCUGCGCGGUAUAUGAAUGACAGUUCUGGCGGCGAUAAGGUGUAUCCGAACUCUCCCUUCUCAGGAAGUGGUCAUGCCCUAUUAGCUGUGGGUGAGAAGCACAGAAGCUCGUGUUCAGCUUCGCAUUGAUAGCGCAUAUAUAACGGACAUGGAGAGACAAUGUUGCAGCAGACCACCUGCAUCAAGCACAGCCGACCAUUACUUACGAUACAGCAAUGGCCAUCGAGGUCGUCCCGCUACCACUUCCGCAUUCCGCAGAUGCCACCAAGUUCGCAAACUUUGGGAGGGAGGUCCGCGGAGUAGACCUGAGAUCGCUGGAUCCUGCGGAAUUCAAGCAGAUUGAAGAGCUACUCUACAAGCACAGCGCUUUGUUGUUUCGCAACGUCGACUUGAGUCCAGCGCAGCAGUAUGCGUUGGCGAAGGCCUUUGACCCAACGUCCGAGAGCUUCGGACACGGCAACAAGAAGAUCGAGAACACCAAGUCCUCCAUUCUACACCAGACCCUGAGGGCGGUGCCUGCCGUUCCACAAGUCUAUCUCGUCGGGAACGGCACCAUCUACGAUCACGAAGGCAUCCCAGAGCUGACGCUGCAGCAUCCGUCGCACAAGACUUGGCACAAGGCACACCAAUCGGCCGAAGACCAGGAGAAGGGUGCGACGCGAUUCGUCCGGUGGCACAUGGACGCCGCGUUCUAUGACUUCAAUCCGCCGCGGGUGACGACGCUGUACGGGAUCAACGUACCGCAGGGCCCCCGACAGAUGGUGAAGUACGACGAUGGGACAGGCGACGAGCUCGAGGUCCCGCUGGCUGCGACGGCGUUCGUGUCGGGGAAGACCAUGUUCGAUAUCCUUCCGCACGCGCUGAAGAGCUUGGCGGUGCGGAGUAGUGUCAAGUACGCGCCGCACCCAUACGUUUGGAUCUCAACGGCAAAGGCCAAGCCGACCGGGCUGGGAAUUGAGACGGAGGGGCUCGAGAUGCGGUACGAUCUGCUUCCUGAAUGGGAGGAGUCGAAGAUCCAGGUACUCCCGCUGUGCUGGAAAAACCCGGUGACCGGCGAUCUGCAUCUGCAGGUCCACCCUAUGUGUGCUGCGGAGCUGAUGGUGGACCCGCUACCUGAAAGCGCGCAGAGGGAAGAUGCACUAUAUCCGGACGGAGGCCACAUCACAGAUCUGCAAGAGCUCCGUGAUCUGCUAUACCAGAUGCAAAGGCCAGGAAUCGCUCCACAGCUCGUGUAUCCGCAUGAUUGGCGUGCCAAGGACUUGAUCAUUUUCCACAACAGAGGCGCCAUGCAUUCUGUGACAGGAAAUCUCAAGCCAGACCAGAUAAGGACAUAUCAUCAGUGCAACCUUGCUGCGUCGGACAGACCAGUAGGACCCAGCGCAGACGACAUCAAGAUAUGGUCGUGAGCGCGAAACGAUACCAGAUGGCGAUGUGGCACCCGCACAGUCAAGGAACUCUGCUGUUUUUGUGUAUGGCGUGGAUAGAUAAUUCAGUGCAUAAGGCGCCGAUCAA